GAAUUGAAGUUAAGGCGUUACAGCGGUACAAUGAAACCACGUGUACUGGUCACUAGCAGCGAUGUGCCAUCAGCUGGUAUCGAUCUUCUUCGCACAAAAUGCGACGUUACGAUAAUCCACGAUAAUACAAACACUUCACGCGAAGAUGUGUUGCAAGCACUUCCCGGCCAUGAUGCAGUCUUUAUCGCGAAGCAUUACACUGUAAACACUGAAUUUCUUGAUCUUGCAGGGCCAACGCUAAAGGUUGUUUCUACAAUGUCAGCCGGUUACGACCAUUUGGAUGUUCCUGAAAUUAAACGAAGAGGGAUUAAAGUCGGAAAUACGCCUGUCGUUUUAUCUGGCGCAGUCGCUGAAAUUGCUGUACUCCUAACUUUGAACGCAGCCAGGCGAAUCCACGAAGGACGUUUAAAACUUGAACAGGGACAAACGGAACAUAAUCUUCAAUGGUUACUUGGUCAAGAUUUACAAGGAUCAACGGUUGGCAUUGUUGGGUUGGGUAACAUUGGACAAGCUGUUGUUAAACGAUUAAAGGGAUUUGAUGUGGCCCGUUUCAUUUAUACAGGCCAUUCUCGUAAAAAAGCAGGUGACGAGCUUGGAGCUCAUUUUGUAUCUCUCGAUGAUCUGCUUGAACAAAGUGACUUCGUAAUUGUUACGGUUCCAUUGACUAACGAAACAAUGGGCUUAUUUAAUGACUAUACUUUUGGAAAAAUGAAAAACACCGCUGUAUUCGUAAACGUCGGACGUGGGCAAGUUGUAAACACAGAUGCACUGGUUAAGGCCUUGCGUAAUAAAACAAUUUUUGCGGCUGGACUUGACGUUACGGAUCCUGAGCCACUACCGCCUAAUCAUGAACUUCUUAAUCUUCCUAAUGCUGUGAUCGUACCUCAUUUGGGCAGUGCUACUGUGAAGACUCGACGUGAUAUGUCAAUUGCUGCAGCACAAAAUAUUCUCAAUGGGUUAGAGGGUAAGCCAUUGGUGUAUGAACUAUAACUCUUGUUUUUUAUAUGUUUAAAGUACAAAGUUAUAUUAUGGAAUUUAUAUGCUACAUUUCCAUUUUAUGAUAAUAUAAUGACACUGAUGUGUUUUAAUAUAAUUUUUUUACA